GUUGUAGAUAGUUGAUUGAAAUCAUUCACCAAGUUUCCAAAUCCGCAAGGCAAGCAAGCGAGGAAGCAGCAACCGAGUGCACCGACACCACCACUGACACGAUGGACCAAGUGAUGGAUGCAGCGGGCAAGGGCGUCGCCGCCGGCGCGACGUGGGGUGCCAUUGUCUCUGCGUGGGAAGCCCAGCCCGUGAUGGGUGAGCGAACGGGCGCCCUCGUCUUCUCCACGACACGAACCAUUGCCACACACGCUGGCCGUUUCGGUCUGUUUGCCGCCAUCUUCGCCGCGUCCAAGGCUACAUCAGAGGGGGUUCGCGGAACCGAGGACCCCAUGAACAGCUUCGUUGGUGGCUGUGUUGCAGGCGGAAUUGCCGGCGCAUACGCCGGCAAGGUUGGCAUGGGGGUUGGCGGCUGCCUCGUCGCCGGCACCGCGGCCGCGCUCUUCUCCAUUGCGUCGAAACAAAGCGCCCAAGCACACGCGACAUCGCACUGAACCCGUUCUCCCCCCUUCCCAGCCACAACCACAGUUCUGAAACACGCCCUUCCAUGGACUUACAAGCAAAACUAUCCCCCUUUCCCAUCUCCCUCUUGCACUCACUUUCGUUCUGUGUCCCCUUGUGUGAUCGUAGCGUAUUGACUGACUGCCGUGUGUGGGCGCUGCAUGUGUAUUUGAUUGUUUGUGACAGACAUGAAACCUACAUCACAAUCUCUCGAGAUGAGGGCAUUCACGCCCACCAAUCACACCAGCACA